UCCUUCUAGUAGACAGCGGAUAAACCAAAGUCUCAAUUUUGGCGACAGCGCGAGCGCGAAAGAAAACAGAUGCUUAAGUGAAAUUAAAGUUCUGCACCCUGUUUGAAAUAUUUCUACUUUUAACCUUCAACUGUGUUAAAAUAAUUGAUCAGUUUGCAGUGUUUAAUUGAGCACUAUGGAGUGCUGGAGGCAGUGCAGUUUAUGGUUGAUAAGUUGUAAAGUUUUGCCCCGGAAUCACCUGGUGACGGCGGAAUCGGCGCAGGUUUUUGAUUUAGCGCAAACGCUACGUGAUGGAGUGCUUUUGUGCCAACUGGUGAAUAACCUCAGACCUGACACCAUCAACCUGAAAGAGAUCAAUCUCCGACCGCAGAUGUCACAGUUCCUCUGCCUUAAGAACAUUAUGACAUUCCUGUCUGCAUGUUGUGAUGCAUUUGGGAUGAAGAAGUUUGAAUUGUUUGAUGCCUUCGAUCUCUUUGAUGUCCGUGAUUUUGGAAAGGUCAUCGACACCUUAUCCAAACUCUCUUAUAGUCCUUAUGCACAGAGGGCAGGGAUUAGGGCGUUUCCCACAGAGGAAAGCAGUGAAAAUGAAGACAUAUAUAUCCAUUUAGCAGAUCUCAUAGAUGAAGAGCUGGUGGAGGAUAUUUAUGAUGCUGUGUAUGGAGAGGUGGAAGGUGGAGAAGUCUAUGAAGAUCUGAUGAGGACCGAUGCAGCUGCGUCUCAGACGAAGCAGGCCGAGGUGGACAUCAGAAGCUGCUGUCUCUCUGAGAUCAAACAGACAGAAUCCAAAUACACGGAGACUCUGGAGACCAUUGAGAAGUACUUUAUGAUCCCGCUGAAAAAAUUCAUCCCAGCAACAGAAAUGGAUCAAGUUUUCAUCAACAUACCAGACCUGGUUAAAGUUCACAAAUGCCUGAUGGCUGAAAUUCAAGACUCGGUGGAAAAUAAGAAUGCAGAAAACCUCCACCAUAUCUUUAUCAUUUACAAAGACAAGCUUCUUCUGUAUGGAAAAUACUGCAGUAAUGUAGAAACAGCCAUUUCACACUUAGACUUCAUCUGUAAGGAGCAAGAUGGUGUUCGGCUAAAAUUAGAGGAAUGUUCAAAGAGAGCGAACAAUGGGAAAUUCACUUUGAGAGACUUGUUAGUGGUCCCCAUGCAGCGAGUGCUGAAAUACCCACUACUACUCCAGGAAUUGGUCAAAUAUACCAGCGACGGCACAGAAAAAAGCAACCUCCGUUUAGCCCUCGAUGCCAUGAGAGAUCUAGCCCAGUAUGUAAAUGAGGUUAAAAGAGACGUUGAGACUCUAAGGGAGAUUGAUCAGUAUCAAAGAUCAAUUGAGAAUUUGAAUACGUCAUUGCUUUCUUAUGGAAGACCAAAGGGUGAUGGUGAAGUUCGUUUGUUGUCGAACAUUGACAAGAAAAGACAGGACAGGCAUAUUUUUUUGUUUGAUGUGGCUGUAAUCGUCUGUAAGCGGCGCGGGGACAUCUAUGAGAUGAAGGAAGUGAUCGACCUCAACCAUUUCAAGAUUACAGAUAACCCCACCAGUGACAAGGAAUGCAGAAAGUGGUGCUACGGGUUCUUCCUCACCCACCAGCAGGGACAGAUUGGCUUUGAGUUCCUGUUUAAAACCAGCGAGCUGAAGAAGAAAUGGCUGGACCAAUUUGAGAUGGCCAUAUCCAAUAUACGUCCCGAGAAUGCCACCUUUAACUCACAUCGGUUUAGAAUGAACACCUUCGAGAGGGCCACCACCUGCAGCUCCUGUCAUAUGCUUCUCAGGGGAAUUUUUAACCAGGGAUACUUGUGUCCAGAGUGUGGUAUAGGGGCUCAUAAAGGUUGCCUGGGAAGACUAGGAGUCUGUGGAAGGGCAAGUGAAGUUGCUGUUGUUCCAAAGCCUCAGAGACACACUAUACUUAAGCAACAGCAAGACCAGGGGUUACCUAAAAUGCUUGUCAUCAGAGACUAUUUCGGCAUCCCUAGUCCUCAUGGUGGUCCGCCUCUAAGUGUUCAGAUGGGUGAUAUCAUAGAGCUCGUCUGUGCCGAUCCACACAGUUCCUGGUGGCAGGGCAAGAUUCCGAGGACGGAAGAGAUAGGCUUCUUUCCGAGCGAUGCAGUUAAGCCAUGCCCAUGUGUUCCCAGGACAGUCGACUUUUCAGCCCAACCUUGGUUUGCCGGACCCAUGGAGAGGCACCACGCUGAAGCCGAACUCAUGGGGAGAGAAAACGGCACCUACCUGGUGAGAUACAGGAGCCGGGAGAGGAGAGAAUAUGCCAUCAGCAUCAAGUACAAAAACAAUGUGAAGCACAUUAAGAUCCUCAUCAAGGAAGGCUGUUUCUACAUUGCUGAGAGCAGGAUGUUCAAGACUUUGUUAGGUUUGGUGGAAUAUUACAAACAGAACUCGCUGAAAGAGGGUUUCCGUACUCUGGAAACUACUCUUCAGGUGCCCUACAAAGAGCUGGCUAGAGGACUCAUUUUCAGUGCUCCUGCUCCAGAGCUGUGUGGGCUUUCCAUUUUGAGUCCCACCAGCUACAGUUUUGUUCCUCCUUCACCCUUCUGGUCAGUAUUGACCCCAAGAGUGGUUGGCAUCGCACUGGCACGGUACGAUUUCGGCUCCAGAGACACACGGGAACUGUCAAUGCAGGUGGGAGACCUGGUGAAGAUUUAUAUCAAGUGUGCUAACGGAUGGUGGAAAGGAGAGGUCAACGGCCGGGUGGGAUGGUUCCCAUCGACCUACGUGGAGGAAGAGGAAUGACCACAGCUAGAAGUUUCCAACAUUGCACUACUGGAAAUUCCUCACUAGGCUGCUAGUGAUGAGCCAUCUGAUUGAUCAAGGAACAGGAAGCAAUUAUCAAGCUCUUGUGAUGGGAGCUGGUGGACUGCAGUUGAAACCUGCAGUGUGACGCAUCCGAGCCUCGUCGGCUUUGACUGUUUAAUUAGUUAUGAAUCUCCCUUGCUGCUCCAUAUGCACUCUUCACCACAUCCAGACAUCUCUCUCUCUUGUCUCCCCUACUUUCUCUCCCUCUCGAUCACCCUGUCACCUCCGGAAAUCUUCACACAGGGCCUAGGACCCCCCCUUUCUCUGGCUUCUAAAAAUUUUAACUCCAUUUCUGUGCUAUGCCGGACCUCCCAUAAACUCAGGAGUGGCACGCAGAGAGAAAAGCCCUGAGCUGGUCGUAUUUUUUUCAGGCUCUGCGACCUUUAUGCAGUGCUUUUUGCUCACCUUGUGCUAUAAUUGAUGAUGUCAUUUGCCGGUCUGACUCUGCAAAGUUCGGCUGUGGCGAGACACCACGCGAGCUGUCACGAAGAAUACUUCGCUGCCUCCUCCGCUUUAGCUCUGAUAACACUUAGCAUCGGGGCACUCGGAGCACGGCGCGGUGACAGGAGACCUGCCGUUCAGCGCGAUAUCCAUCUCAGCUGGGCUAACGCACUGCGCUGUGAUCAGUCAUCCGCUCUGUCUGUUUCUAAACCUCAGGUGCUCCCAAACACUAGCAGAAUGUUGUUGGCACAGGUUUUAAAACUCGGUUUUCUCUCUCUUGUCAUGCAGCUGAAGGAGUAAAGAAGUUAACCGUUCACUGUUUGCAGUAGGGCCACUAGGCACAGUAAUACACCCCAAAAAUUGGCCAGAAGAAAACUGACAAAUUAAAUAAUACUUUUGGUGACAAACUGUACAAUACAUGAAAUACCCUGUACAUGUACCCUUAUUAGGAAACUGCAUUUUCUGAAAAGACGUCUUGAUACAGUUUUGCUGUUCAGGCAUCACACAGAAUUGAUCUUGUAUGUUUUGAUACGGAGGGAUUCCAAACAACACAUCGUUUUUAUACAGUUUUAUACAAUUUAUAUUUUUUCACAAUACCAAUUUGGCUCUUAAACAAAAAAUCACAUGAAUUUGAGCAUUGUUUAGUGUUUGGCAUGUCCCUCUUUUGGUUUAAUGACAGCAUGCACUCAAACUGGCAUGGGCUGAUAUUUCAUGUUAUAGCAGCAUGAUUUGACAAUGUUCCAGAAGCGUUCUGUGUGCUUCAACAGAAGAAAGAGAAUAUGACCUUGUGUAGACAGGUUAACAUGUUCAAUGUCAUAUAUUUGCUUAUUUGGUUAGUGACCUAGAAUAGUGCUCUAGUACAUUUCACAUCAUAAUGUUGUUGUUGUUUUUUUAUCCUAAAUGUUUUGUUUGUUGAUGACCACAUACCAUAUUGUA